AUGAUCUUGUAUUUUUUUUUUUUACAGCGCGACUUGGUUUGCGAAGAAUGUCAGUUCGCUGCUCAAGAGCUGAAACAUGCCAUAGAAGAUGAACAAAGUCAGAAGCGUGUAAAACGAUUCAUCUCGGAAGAAGUUUGUAGCCGACUGGGCAAACUGCAGGGCAAAUGCGAUCUUCUCCUCGAAGAAUUUAUGCCGGAACUCAUUGAAGAGCUCGAUAAACUGCUUCAAAAUACAAAAACCGUAUGUUUUCAAUGA